AUGGCAGAUGCACAAAUGAGUGCAAUAUUAGCUCCAUCAGUUCCGGCACUUGUUAGAGCAUCGCUGCGUGCAUAUCGGACAGCCGAAUCGAAAUGUUUGUGCGCUACUCUUUCUGCGCUGUGGAACUUAGCAUCACAUUCACGAGAUAAUAAAAAAGCUCUUUGUGAAGAACCAGGCUUUUUAGAAAUGCUCAUCGAAUUGUCAACAAAUGAUGCACAACAUACCGCACUGGUUGAGCCAGCGACUGGCGUUUUAAAGUAUGCAUCAAUGUACUUAGCCGUGGUAGGAACAGUCCAGUAUUUAUCCACAAGUGUCAUUCAUGUGAUGAUGCUUCGCCUUAUCGACUUGUUAAAUAGUCCGUCGUUUACCGUGAUAGGGAAUGCUUUGGGGAUACUGUCGCAAUUACUUGCCAAGGGCCAUCAGCUGCGAUCUCUUAUUGUAUUGAAUCACAAGGCCAUGCUAUUGUUAAAUCAUCUUCGAAAUUCUACACGCGACGAUAUUCGUAACCCUGUUAAAACAAUAUUGAAUUACUUAAAUUCAUUUGAUGUUUCUGAGGUUUAUGUGCCAACAUCAGCUCACUCUUCAACACAUGGUACACCACCACUCACUUAUCGAUUUGACGGUAUGUCAUCAUCAUACGAUGGUACAGCUUCAGUUGCUCCAUCAUGCAUGGAUUCAACACGACUAUUAAAAUAUCGGUCAUCUCAUUCUUACGCAGCAAGUGUAUUACCCGGUAAUAUAAGCAGCACAUUAAACACUGAAUAUUUUCCUUACUCUUCUCCAUCAUGUGCCUCCACUAUGCAGCAUGGAUUCGCCCCUCGUCCAGGUGAUCGUCCACAUCAUCAAGAACAGUUUGCUUCUCUUCCGCGACAAUUUUUCCAGAAAAGUAAAAUAUCGAAUGCAUCAUCUGUUGGAGAUGAUAGUAAUAUGUAUCUUAAGCAGAUGCAAGCUGCUUCACGGUUUUCUCCAUCCGUCAUUACUGUGAGACAUCCUAUUCAUCCAGGGCAAAAGAAUAUGAGUACUUCGACAACGACAACAAAUGGCUUAGUUGUUGAAAGUCCGCAAGGUCCUAAUCUGAGUAAUGGGGAAAACGGUGAUAGUGAUGGGUUAAAUGGCCUGAACAGGCCUGAUGAUCCAUCUUUCGAAGUAGAGGAUAGUGUACGAUGUACACGCUGUACUAGCACGCAGUCGCUCUCGUCACUAUUUCCGGGUGAAAGGAGCACGUGGAACAGUUGUAACAAUUCGGCAGCUGACAGUAAUCGCCUUUCUCCAGUUAGCGCUACUGAAAUUCCUGAUUCUCCCACUCAGUGUGCACCAUUAGCUGACACAACAAUACUUUCCGCACGAGAUCUUGACAGUACGGAAGAAAAUGAAAUGCGGAAUGAAGUAAACAUAUCAAAGGAAGUAUUACUUGAAGCUCCGAAGUCAAAUACGAGGCAGUCAAAUAAUGGAGAGAAAAAUUUUGUCAGUAAAAGCGAUAUAAAUACAAAAGCAAAUACAGAGCAAGAGAAUUCAUUAGAUGAUGAUUAUGGGAGUUUCAUGGGUCGCGCUGAUUCUGAACUGUUAAAUCAGUCGAUUGAAUCUGCGAUGCCGAAGAGGGUGGAAAUCAACGAAGAAUUUCUAGCAGAUAUGAUCGAACAAGCACAACCAAAAUCAUGCCCCCUGAAACAACACGGCAGUAGUGGCGGACGCAAUUUUUCAAGAGCUACAGCCAAAUCGUCGAGUGCAAAAAUAGACAACGAUGAUUUCUUGCUACAGAGCAUUGCUAGUGUAUUGCCUCAAAGUUCUAGCUCCACACAUGAUAUGUCAGGUGUAGGUUCGCCGCCAAAAAAAGCGAGGGCCAUGACGGGCGAUACCGCACGCAUGUCAGGUGGCCCUAAACGUACUUCUCAUGCGGUUGUUUCAAAUUCGCGCAGUCAUCUCACACAUAGUUGCUCUGUCCUACGUACGAAACAAUUAAGACUGAACGGCAUAAAUCUGAAGACAAAGUUUGGGAACAAAAUCACUGCAUCAAAUUCUGCUGCAUUAUUUGACGCAGCUCUACGGAGUUCUUUUGUGGAAAGUCCGAAAACUACAGAAAAAAUUCGGAAUGCCUCAUUAUUGAUUCAUCAAGAUACAAAUGAGGAGAGCGACACACUGAGUGAAGACAACUACAGUCCUCUGACGGAUAAUAUAGCUAUUGAUAAAAAUGUUCCCCAAGAUAUUGAUGAAGAAUCUCAGGCAGAACAGCUCGUAAUAGAUUGUAGCGUUGUAUCAGAAACUGUCAAGCAAACUGUCAUAAAGCCGAUGCAGAAGGAGAGAUAUCCAGUUCCAUUUUCUAGUUGUGUACAAACUAACACGUCAAAUCGUUUUGCACUAACUCAGAAAAGUGUAGAAAAACAAUUGUCAGAGCAGGAAAUUUUUACACUUCCGGCACCGCUCAGCAAUUGUAGUACACGAAACUGCUCUCCUUGUAAUCCAAUCGUAACAUCGACACCAAGAAGUUCUAAACUGUUGAAUAAAUUCCCUGUGAAAACGCGAAAUCAUAAUGCUUCUAUUUCAAAAUCGAUGCAGGAAAAAGUUUCUGCUUCGAGUACAGUUACUAUAAGAACCAGGGAUUCUUGUAACGGUGCUGUAAAAUCGUCAGAGGAUGGUAGAAAUCGGGGUCCACAUCACGCACGUUCUUUGCCAAAACUUAAACAGUCGAUUUUACCAAAAGCUAAGCUUACUCCAACAUCUUCAUCGUCAAGUUCAAAAAUGAGCGUACCACGAGCCGAAGCUUGUCAUCGAGCAGCUAUUUUGGACACUUCCAAAAUAUCCCAGAAUUGUGCUAAUUCGGUUUAUGAAACGAUCAAGGCCCAGAAUGUUCUUAUUCAGGAAUUAGCUAGAAAGCGAUCCUUCAAAGUAUUGCCAUUGAAUCAUAGGAAUGUGAAUGAGAAGACUGCUAGUGUUGCUGUUGUUCCUGAAAAUAAUAGCAAGAAAGAGACUGUUAAAGCAGAUACCGAAAAUGACAACGGAACACAGUGUGAUAAUCAUUCACCAGCUAGAAGGGAAAAAACUAUCAAACAAAUGCUUGUCACUACUGUUUAA